AUGAGUCUCCUCAAAGAACGCAAACCCAAGAAGCCUCAUUACAUCCCAAGACCACCAGGAAAGCCAUUCAAGUACAAGUGCUUCCAGUGCCCCUUCACUUGCAAUGAGAAAUCCCAUCUCUUUAACCACAUGAAGUAUGGUCUCUGCAAAAACUCCAUCACCUUGGUGUCGGAGCAGGAUCGCGUCAUCAAGUGUCCAAAGAGCAGUUCCCUGGAGCCCAAACAGAUCAAUCAGCUUGAAUCUAGUGUCAAACCAACUUCUUCUAAAUCUGUCACAAAUGGACUGUCAAGCCUCGAUUCAAAGCCUCAAUAUCCUUUUGCAAAAGAAGAUGCCAAGGAAAACGUUGAGUUACAAAACCAGGCAACAAAUGCAGCAAUUCAAGGACAAAAACCUGUGAUUCCGAAGGAAUUAAGCCCUGCCAACUCCACAGCAGAAAGUGCCAUCAGUGUGCAGCCCCUGUUGGAGGGCAUGGUGAGGCCCUCAGCCUUCGUUCCUGUCGGGGAACACCGAGACAGCAAAGGCCCAGAGAUCAGUGAAGCCUCUGAAAUUCUCUCUCUCUCUAACAAAAGUUCCCCCUUCCACACCAAGUCUGCGUUUCACGCACCAGCCCACCCAUGGAAGGCUGGCUCUCCUUUCCUCCCAGACUUUCCACAUAAAGUUGCUCCCACAAAAGGCUUUGGUUCCAUUUCACCUUACAUGCAACCAAUGAUUCCUGAGUACUCUCCCCAUUUCUAUGAGCACAGGUUGGCUAUCUACACACCUUACCUGCUCCCAGGCAACUCGGAGUGUGAAAGUUCUGCUCUCUCUGUCUAUGGAACACAAGAUCAAAGACACUUUCUUCCCCACCCUGGGCCACUUCCAAAACCCAUAAAUCCAUCAGCAUACGAACACUAUCGAUUGUUCCAGCAAUAUCACUCCACUCCACCAAUACCAUAUGGAUUUUGUAGGCCAACAGAUCCUCCAUUUUACAGAUUUUCACACGUAGCUGGAAUUAACAGGGAUCAAAACUCUCAUCUGAUGGAAGAAACUACCUUGCUGUACCCAGCUUCUCUAAGCCCUUCCCAACAAUACCCUCUAAGUUCUCAUAAAAAACAAGCAGAGUAUGAAAAAGAAAUUACAUUACUGCAUGCCAAAGGUAAUCCAAAGGAUGACCAAAAUGAAAGGGAGAAUGCCAAAAUGAGCCCUCUGGCAGGAAGUGCAGCCACAGGCUCCCCUGGCAGACCCAGCCCCACCAACUUCACUCAGACCAGCCAUGCGUGUGAGGGCUUAUUCGACCUCUCUAACAAGUCAUCCUCCACAUCUCUGGGCAAGUAUGAUCAACCAGAAGAAAACUUCACAGCCUUCAGGCCCGUGAGAAAAAGCACCGACCAACCUACUCCACUUCAAGGUGUGCAGACACAGCAGGACAGAGGGGAUUCACCAAGCAGCAUUAAUGUCACUGAUGAAGACUCCCACACACAGACUGAUGGGCAGAACAACACUGGCUCACUGCCCAGCACGGAAGAAGACACGGGGAUAGCUCCCCUCAACCUGUCAAAGAAGGCUGACACAAGCACAGGACCUACUCACGAGCACGUGUACAAACCCACAUCCAAAACAGAGAGGCAGAGCUUUCUAGACCUGCAGGACAUGCCCCUAAACCUCUCAGUAAAGGAUUCCUGUAACACAGGAAGCCUGAAAACAUCCUUCCACAGCCCAGCUCGUGAGAACGGUGCUGCUGCUUCUCCGGCCGCAGACAGCGAGAGCUCCGGAGCCGAGGCAGGGAACCCCAAGAACCCCAGCAGCAGCUCCUGCGACAAAUCCUUCCCAGCUCACCGCAACGAAGCCCAAGACCUGCGAAUCAUGGACAGCUGUGAUGAGCAGAAGCAAACAGCAGCUGUAGCUCUCUGCCAGUUGGCUGCAUACAGCCCCAGCACAGCUCGGCUGGACAGCGACGGGCAGGGCACGCAGGACAGUCACACUACAGACACAGAAGCCACUUGUAACUCUUCUGAUACUCAGGAUACUCAGUGCAAUGCCAAAGUUAAAGGACAGAAAAGGACAAACCAAAAAGAGUCUGCAAAAUCCCAGCAAGGCACUAAGAGAGUGAGGCCCAAUGACUGCAGCAGAGUCUUCACUUUAAGGAAGAGAACAAGAGUGUCCUAA